UCUGUGUUAGAGAUUAAACCUGGUGAUGUGGGUGGAAUAGACAGAAAAUUAAUUGGAGUAACACGAGAAUGACAACGACAUAGGUCAAGCGGAGGACAACAAUAAUGAUCCCAGCAAGGAUACUCGUCAGCAGAAGAUAGUACGAUGACACGUACCAUUGAUGUGCGUGCUCGAACAGCUAGGAGAGUUGAGGGUGACUAACAUAUGAAGAGGAGCUUAAAAGGGAACACGUGCGAUUAUCACGAUUUUCACUGAGCGCUCGUGUUGUCCUUUAACGCCUAACAAAACCAAGGACCAGAAUAUUUCGCAGCAUAACCUUGCCAUGUCCGGAGAUAAGCUUUUCUACAGUUUCGUUCUUCUUGCCUGCCUCCAUGUUGUCUGGGGCCAGUUCGCGGUGGACCAUGCCGGCAAUAUAGAGGAUACUGUGGACGGCUACAGGAUCCAGUAUCACGAAGCGACGAGUCUCCUGCUGAUUCUUCGCGACCUCAACUGCUUUGUCGGGGAUGUCGUAAGAGGGACACCCCUGUCUGACAAAUUAGAAGACGAGGAAACGAGAAUUGCCACGCAACGUGCCAUUAUACGCCUGAUUGAAGAAAAUCACAUAACCCCUACCUCAGCUGAUGAGUUAUGGACCGAGUAUGGUGACAUGCUGGUGAGGGCGCUGUGCCACGUGACUGAAAAUUACAUCAUCGACCUCUCAUCUUUGAAAGGCCCAGCCACUGCUUGAGUUUCGAUGUUAGUGAAAGUGCUCAGCACUUACUAGCAUAGCAUGAUAUGUACUGCAUCCAGUCACAGAAACUCAAUUAAAUAGCUCAUAUACAUCA